GCAUAUUUAAUGGCUGUAAAUAAAUCGAAAUUAGUGUGCUAUGAAUGAAAAAGUGAAGGAUGCCUCAGGGCAUCCUUAUCGGUUCCGGUGUAAAAAAGCAUAGUUCAAUAUUUCGGCUGAUAUUUCCUCAGUAGUGGAUUUCUUUUAUUUUUUCCUCCCAUUUUCUCUAUUUUUCCAAAGUGAUUGAUAGAUAUGGGAGAUGCUGUCUAUAAACGAUCGUCUCGGAUAAAGUUAUCCGAGUUGACGGAGGAGCAAUUGCAGGAAAUAAUGGAUUCGAUAGACACUGAUGCAGAAAACGAUUUCAGUUCCGACGAUGAUAUUGCAGACCCAGAAUAUAUGCCAGAAGGAAUAGAUCCAGAAGACGAACACAUUAUAUCACAAUGCAUUAAAGAUAUAGACGACAGUGAUAUCUUUAUUGAUGGCGCGUUAGAUAUGUCGUUGAAUACCAGUGCACUGGAAACUUCGUUGGCAGGCGGAGAAAAAAC